CCGGAAGUAAACACGCAAUGUUGUUCCUUCUUACACGCGUGUAGCAGCCAUAGAAUGUGAGGUUUAAGCUAGUUGCUGCCCGCCAAAACAAAAAGAAGAAGAGAAGCUUAAAGAGAUCCUGCACCUUCUCCAUCACCUCCUCCAGACGCCAUGAAUUCGCCUGCUAAGUCUUCUUCUCUACCUCCGAAGAAGAGAAAAAUGACAGAUUGUCAGCAGGACGAUCCUACACCUGUUGACAUCAACACACCCGAGAAGAAGAAGAGGAAGAAGGAAAAACACAAACAACGGGAAGAAGGGCUCAGUCUUCCUCCCCCUGGUGCAGAGGUGGAUACUAGCAAUAAGGAAAAGGAGAAAAAGAAAAGAACACAGGAGCAAGGGGAAACGGAAAUUCACAUAGCCGCAGAAACACCCAUGAUAGUAAAAGAAAAGAAAAAGAAGAAGAAAAAGAAAUACACACUGAAUGAAGAGUGUACUGUCCUAGAAACAACAGAUCAUGACAGAGAAACUGACUCUUUGUUGUCCAUGGACACUGACAGUGAGAAAAAGAAGAAAAAACAGAAAAACACACAGAUUGAGGAGAGCACUCUCACAGAAACAGCAGAUCAUGACGGAGAAACUGACUCCUUAAUGUCUACAGACACCGACAGUAAGAAAAAGAAGAAGAAGAAAAAACAGAAAAACACACAGAUUGAGGAGAGCACUCUCACAGAAACAGCAGAUCAUGACGGAGAAACUGACUCUUUGAUGUCUACAGACACCGACAGUAAGAAAAAGAAGAAGAAGAAACAGAAAAACACACACAUUGAGGAGAGCACUGUCACAGAAACAACAGAUCACAACAACAGACAAACUGACCCCUUGGUGUCUACAGACACUGACAGUAAGAAAAAGAAGAAGAAAAAACAGGAGGUUACCAUUGCCACAGUGACACCAGACCACCAAAACAGCACAGAAACUGGAGCUAUUAUUUCUUUCGAGACUGGAAUGGAAGAGAAAAAAACAAAGAAGAAAGAUAUUACCAUGAUAAAGGUCAUCUCAAAAACAGGACAAGCUGCGAGAGAUAAAAAGGAGAGUACAGGAGCAAGGGAAAAGCAAAAAGAACAAAACAUACAUAAGAAUGGAAGAGAAAGAGGAGUAACAAAGACGAAACAGAUACUGAAAAAAACACCUGAAGAAAAUGAUCAGUUUGACCAAGCAUUGUUGGAGGAGCUGCAGGAGUUCAUUCCAGAUGUAAAGAAGAAAUCGGUGAUCGUGAUUAAUAAACUUCUGAGAUACGAUCUGCAUCGAUUCAGGAGAUUCAAACAGCAAGGGGUGUCUCUGCGUCACGGACGAUGCACUGAGGAGGAAAAUCAGAUGAUCAGAAAGAAUGUCUCAGACUUCCUGGCUUUGCUUGGUAUCAGCUCACCCAUUAAGCUCCUGUUUCCUGAAAGGUUCAAAGAACAGGGGGCAGAAAUCAGGAAGCUGAGAGCGAAACACAGUUUUCUGGAAAGCAUCGCUGAGGGGAUCCCUCGGACGUGCCAACAGGUUUACGACAGAGCAAAGAAGAUGUUUGAUGACAGGAACCACAUGGGAAGGUUCUCAGAGGAGGAGAUGAAGUCCCUCAUCAAGUUACAGAACCUCCAUGGGAAGGACUGGAGGACGAUCUCUCAGAAGAUGGACCGCAGUGUUCACUCUCUAGAGAAACGCUUUGCCACCAUUGCUGAAAGUAAAGGUUCUUGGAAUUCUGACGAAGAGUCCAGGUUGAAGCAGGCCCUAAAGGCUCACCUGGAAGUCCUUGUUCAGCAGAAUCCUGCAGGUUCUGGUCUGACCAGAGAGCAGCUGUGUAACAACCUGCCCUGGAUGGAAAUCAGUAAGAAGGUUGGAACCAGACACUGGAUCCAGUGUCGACUCAAGUGGUUCUCCUUGCUGAAACCAAAACUGUCCUCACCACCUGGCAUCUUCAACAGAGGAACAGAAGGACUUCAGUCUAAAAUUCAACUAAUAAACACGCUGUACAGCAUGAAUGUGGAUGAUAUGGCAGACAUCAACUGGGAUGAGGUCGCUGAGACUAUCGGUAAAGUGACACCUGUGUGUGUUCAGAAGAAUUUCUACAGACUGAAAGCCUCAAGAGUUCCCAACUGGACAACAUUAUCCUAUGGAGAGAUCAUCGACUAUCUGCAUUCAGUGGUCAUUCCAGUCUUGGAGAAGAGACUGGGGAAGUUAAAUGCUGAAGAGUUGCAGGAGAAGACGCCGCAGCAGGAGAUCACGUACCAGCUGUCAAACAUUUUCAGCUCACAGGAGGAAGAUGAGUUUGUUGAGGUAGACAACAGUCAGAAGAACUCUGGGCGUUCAGGACGAAGUUUGACUUAGAGAUAUGAACGAAAGGAACAGAAAGGUGCUGCAGUCAGAUUGGUUGUCUCGUCUGUGGAGUUGCUUUCUGUUAAAUGGACUAAAACAUAUGGGACUGUCAGGAAUUGUGGUUUCAACGAGUGUAAAAGUUGAUGGGUAGAUCAUCAGAGUUUGUGUGAUUUUUUUUUAACUUUAUAAUGAAACAUUUUUAAAGCUUUUCUCAGUUUCUGUCAUAAUACUUCAGUUGACACUUUGAUCAGAACAGAUGAACAUAAAGUUGUAUUUUGAGCCGAAGUCUUUUCAACUGAAAGUGCUGCAACUAUUAGUUGAAUUAAUAAAUGUGGAUUAAAUCCA